AAUUUAAUUUUGUUAUUUUAAGCUGUACACAAACUAAUUUGAUGCUGUUUUACAAUCUGAACGAUUGCUUCAAUUACAUCGUCAAAGUGAGACGCCUUCGCAACUCCUACUAGGCUGUUCGGUGUGAGGAACGGAACAGCUGUGCGUGAAACAUCAUGGAAAACAUUGAACCGUACUCGUACACCCACCAUUAUCAUCAUUUGCGUUGUGUCCGCGAAGGCGGAAACAUGUCGCAGUUUUGCUUCGAACCAAACUGAAGCAAUUUAUAGUCUAUCGUACUUCUUACCCUCACCCACCGUUUCACACAAAGUGUCCAAACAUUUACUUGCGUGGUCCUUUUGUUGUGUUGUUACAUUUUCGUGCUCGACGGCUUAACUGUGCGUUAUUAUCGCAGUGUAAAGUUUAAUGUGUUCAUUGCUUGUGUCGGUGUUGUGCUGCCGCGGAUCGAAAUAGUGUCACGCACUAAGGCAAACUACGAUGGCCACUAGCGGACAGUAUGUGUUUAUCAUUAACCUGAGAAAAAGCAUUCUGAUAGAAGGUUGCUAAAGGGUCCAAAACAAGCCCUUUAACCCGCCCGUGUGUUCCGUGUUGAAAGGUUUACGUUUUUUCGGUGUCGUGUGCGCGUGUGUGUAUGUGUGUGUUUUACAUAAGUUUUUCCUGUUUGGCCCCGUUCGAAAUGUCCUUCCUUAGCUACGACCAAUAGCUGUAAUGUUUUCAUACUGCUACGAAUGGUUAUUUGGAGGUUUAAUUCCACUAUCGUGCAAUAAUUGAUUCAAAGCCCCAUCAUCAUCACUACCAGCAGUAGCGUGGCAGGGCUGAGAGGUUGCUGACCUAAAACGAGACCCACCAGUCUGCAUGAUUAACUGAUCCGUUGCAAUAGAGUAUUAUGUAAUGCAGUGUUAAUGCAACGCGACUACGCACUUUCUACUACGUACUACGUACGAUUCCACCACCACCACUACUACUACUACCACCGUUAUACGCACACAAACAGCUACCAUUCUCCAUGACAACCUGAAAGCCGGCAUCUUUCUUUGAUUCGCUUGUAUGUGAUCACGGCUGUUUGACGCAGAACGAAACAUAAACAAAAAACAUCUUCGCAGUUCUGUACCAUUUUCCUUGCCUGCACCAAAUACUGUUUUCCACCUGGUAUCGAUAAACGGCUACAAAAGGAAAGCGGGCACAUUGUUGAAUGGAUUGGCCUGUUGAAGGUGAACAAGGACCGGAUGAAAUAGAGGAUGAGGUUAGCAACACCGUUAACCGCAGCUGCAGAUGAUUAUUGGCGACCAAAGUGACCAACAGAAAGGACGAAGAUAGUACGCACAAACAGUAAAACCGCAGCAGCUGGAUUGGAAUCUGGUUUAAGUUCGAGAAAUCUUUGUUUACGGGAAAAAAACUAUCAUUCGUUCUACAUCGAUCCUGCAUAUUGUCGUGCACGAACGAAUGUACCUGUGGGGAGGAUUUUUGCAUCGUCCUUUAAUCCAUUUUAGCGAGCGCACCGAAACAGUCCCGGCCGCACCUGUGAACCUGCACCAUCGCCACCAGCUUCCGGAGGGGCAUCAACAGCCGAUACCGACACCAUGCAACAAACGGCGGCUACGGGCCGGACGGAGAUGCGUCCGGUCAAGUAUCAUUAUGCUGACUCGUUCUGGUGCACCUACCUCGUGUCGGUGUUUGCAGCCAGCAUCGCUGAAACGGUUACUUAUCCGCUGGAUUUGACCAAAACACGGCUCCAGAUCCAGGGUGAAGCGGCCGCAGUCGAUGCAGAAGGUGCCGUCAAGAAGCUCAAAUACCGUGGAAUGUUUGCUACUGCGACCGGUAUCAUCCGUGAGGAAGGUGCCCUAAAGUUGUGGCAAGGUAUCACGCCUGCUCUGUACCGGCAUCUAGUGUACAGUGGCGUUCGCAUCGUAACGUACGAUGCGCUACGCAAGAAGCUGCGCAAUGGGAAGGAUCAUUUUUCCCUCUGGCAGUCUGCCCUGUCCGGUGUUGGCGCCGGUGCACUCGCCCAGUGGCUCGCAUCUCCAGCCGAUCUGGUAAAGGUUCACAUCCAGAUGGAAGGUAAACGCCGUCUGCUCGGACUAGAGCCACGUGUUCAUAGUGCAGCACACGCGUUUCGUGAAAUUGUUAGCCGCGGUGGUAUCUUUGGCUUGUGGAAAGGUAGCGUACCGAACGUGCAGCGUGCGGCGCUUGUAAAUUUGGGCGAUCUGACUACGUACGAUACGGUGAAACACUUCAUUAUGCACAAAACAGGCCUGCCCGAUUGCCAUCUGGUGCACAUAAUGUCUUCGAUUUGUGCAGGUCUGGUAGCGGCCACCAUGGGCACACCGGCAGACGUCGUAAAGACACGCAUCAUGAAUCAACCAACGGAUGCAAGCGGACGAGGACUGCUGUACAAGGGUUCGAUCGAUUGUCUGCAACAAACUAUCGGAAAGGAAGGAUUUUUCGCACUGUACAAGGGUUUCCUGCCCGUGUGGAUACGAAUGGCACCGUGGUCGCUUACGUUUUGGCUUUCGUUUGAGCAAAUUCGGGCAAGCCUUGGUGCUAGCGGAUACUAGCAGAAUUACACUAAACCGUUCGGAAGGAAAGGCGAAAGUGCACAAAGUUUAGGUAUCUUAAUUGUUAAGUCACUUAUAAGCCGUUAGCAGUUCAUUACUCGCAGGAAUAUCCAGAUUAGUGGCGUUGUGUUAUCCUUCGCUUCUUCCGGUGUCUUUACCUGUGCCAUUUCCGUUUACACCAUUGUUGUUUUCAACACACGCUGUGUAUUAUGUUUCUAUUUGUUUUUUUUUGUGUUGUAAAUAUUAUUACCAAAUCGCACCUCAUAUCAAAGCUCCACGCUGACACUUUUAACUACGAACGAGAGUUUCGUGAAUGUUUGUUCAGCUGUUUUCUUAUUUGAAACUGUGAUUUAGUGUAGUUUGGUAGAAAGCAAAGCCUUAUGAGAGGCAGCACACAGCUGCCUGUUUUAGAUGUAGAGUUCGCUCAGCGGAAUUAGACAACUUGGUCCCAAUUAGUGUACGUUAAUUGUGUUUGGAUUGAAAGUAUUGGGUGUUUCCGUGCCGCGCCGGACUGACUCUUCUGUUUGUUCUGUUUGUUCUUUUUUCGUGUGCCCGGUAUAGGAGAUCAGGGUGUCAUAUGUCUCGUGAUGGUUGGUGCCGUUUAUCAUCCCCCUUUUGUCAUGCAUCUACUGCUCAGGGAGUACAUUAAAACAAUAUCAUAAGCCAUUCUCUGUGCAAUGUGAAUUUUUUGAAUGACCCACUGAUAUAAACACGAUCAAGAUCAUUCUCCUUUUGCCAGAACACUUCCCUGAAUGUUCCUUACAUCACCAUGUUAUGGUGAGGGUUGUCCUUAAAUCUUAGAAUAUGGCCCCCCGUCUCCUCAACCAACGACGACAAUACCAAAUUUUUGUACAAUAAUAACAUUACACGCGUUUUAAAAAACGAGCCGUUACUGGUAGCAUCACAGCAAUAUCAAGGACUAGAGUAGAAGACUUUCUUGGUGCGCGAGUUGUUAGUUCGAGCCAAUUGCCACCGUUUUAAUAAUGAUACCAUACGGAAAACAGAAAUAAAUCUAGCACUAUCUAACAGCUAUUAAACACACAUUAGUUUUGUGUGCAAACAACACUACAACAACAUAAUACAACGCAAACAUAACUAGCCGAUAUUGAAUCUUCUCGAAACUAAUGUAAAUUGUACAUAGUGGAGGUUAGUAGGUUAGUGAAAAUGGUACAGCAAUAUGAUGUUAGCCAUCACUAUUAGUGCGGUGGGAUUUGGGUUUGAUACGUUUAGAAAUGUUGCGUUAGAAAAGAGUAAAUCGUACGUUGAAUAAAGGAAAAUAAUAGUA